AUGCUUAGAUCGCGCUCUAUCCUAAAUACACAGAAUAGCUUGCGCAGUGGCUUUAUCGUAACUAAUGAGGUUUUUCCGAAGUGCGAUUAUUGCUAGCUGAAAACCUAAAUAUCAUAAAACUCCUCCGGCCAGCGAUAACCCGCCGGGAAGGAGAACAAAACAAAAAUAAGCAAAACGACGUAAUGUGUUUACGAUCAGAGCCUAUCUCCGAUCGUAAAUACCGAAGGACGGGAGAAAUCCCAAAAAGAGAGCACUAUGGGUGCUAUAAACGGAGCCUAUCUCCGAGCUAGGACAAUAAGUAAUAAAACGGAGAGGAAAAGAUAACACGCCUGCGAGCGUGUUAAUAAACAUCCCUCGUUCGCCCGUCUGGCUUAGAAUAAAUAAUUGUAAUUUUCUCUCUCUUAUGCUACGCCCUUCUGGGGUAGAUAAGAAGGCAAUGUCUGUAUAUAAGAGAAAACUUGAACAGAAUAAACGCACUCUCAACUGGACACUCUCAACCAUACCACGGACGUAGGAGCGUCGUGGCGAAGUACCGAACCCCUCUUUUUUGUCAUAAACGUAUCACAACCCUGGACAUCGCCCGAGCAUCCUGGACACCAUCGGGAGCACCCUGGACAUCAUCGCCGGCAGAUCCCAGCGCAACAAGCGCUGGUAAGUAUUGAACACCCCUCCUCCAAAGAUCCGAAAUUCCAACCACCCUUCCUCUCCCUUUUCCUUCCCUUGGCUCCGCCCGGCCAAACUCCCAAGUGACGCGGUACUACCGGAUCGCACCAGUAGGCGCAUACUCGUUAUGCGCUCUACGUGAUCUGGCCUACCACAUAGCGUCCAGUAAAGGGCUUUCCCUUCGUGUCAUCAGCACGAUCUCGAACUGCAGCCACAUUUGGUGGCUCCAGAGAGGAUCUUUCCUCCAGCGUAAUCAGCACGAUACCCUGCAGCCACAUUUGGUGGCUCCAGAGAGGAUCUUUCCUCCAGCGUAAUCAGCACGAUACCCUGCAGCCACAUUUGGUGGCUCCAGAGAGGAGUCUUUUCCUAAAGACACUGUACGAACUCACAACACGCUCGGUUGAGUUGAGAAUCCUGUUAAAUUGAUUUGCGCCCGUCGUUGAACGGAGAGGUUCGGUCUUGUAAAGACGAACAAGGUGAGGUUGUCUGUGGACAUCACCAUUUAGCCAAGAGGCAAAUUGCGCAUUUCAAGAAACAGAAAUUAGGUCCUGAAAGACGGACAAAUUAGGCCGUAGAAAUCGGCAUCUUGUUGAAACAAGUCCAGCUUUAUAAACAGACCGAUCGCCAGUCAGGCAUAGUUGGACGAAGGCAACCAGGCGCCUCGUCAACAUCAACUGUAAUCCGGUCACGAGGGCCGGAAGACGAAUAUUGUGCAACGUUUGAAAUCAGCGUAGGCAACUAGGCGCCACGCUUGGUUUAAGACAAGGCGAAGGCAACCAGGCGCCUCGCCACUUGCGCAUUAUAACACAGUUUAAACAUCGAGUGACGGCAACCAGGCUCCUCACUCAGGAAUAAUGAUAUCAAGCUUUACGAGAUCAUCACGCCCGUGCUGUGAUGCAUGUGGCAAGAAAAUUGAACUAGACAAUCUGGUCCAAUGCAGACAGUGCAAAAGGAAUUAUCAUCAUUCCUGUGUAGGACAUACACCCACUGAAGAGGAAACCUAUUUAGUAUGCUCGCUUUGUUCCCCUACCAAAACAAACGAAAGUGAGGGAAAGGCACAGGCACCUGCAGCGUCUCAUCCCUCAACUAAUUCGAGGGAACAAAAACAGAUAGAGGAGCUGACGAAUCUAGUUACACAACUAGCUGAGAUGCAUGUUAGCGAACGCAACAACAUAACCACAUUAAAAAAGGAAAUAGUAACAAUGCAGGCAUCACUCAACGCUUUAGUCGUGGGCGCAACGACAAUAGCAACACAGCGACAAACAGAAUUACCAUGCUCUCCGGCGCAAGCGCAGUCAACUGAACCCCUAAUCAAUAUCUCCGGGCAACAACGUGACCGAGCAACGAUUCAAACACCACUACCAAUGAGAUCCGGUCCAUCAAUUGGCUGGGAGCAGAGUGCAAUGAUGCCAGCUCCACAGCAUGGAGAUUUUACGAUUCUAAUGAAGAGGCAAGCUUUGACUCCCUUGCCAAAAUUCAGCGGGUCGCCCAAAGAUUGGGCUAAAUUCAAAAGGAUCUACGAAGUCAGCACGAGAGAAUGUGCGUUUUCCAAUCAUGAAAAUCUCUCCAGACUUGAAGCUGCCCUUGAAGGACGCGCAGCUAGAAGCGUGCAGCAACUAUUUAUAAACUCGGAAAAUGUUCCGAGUAUAAUAGAGAGACUAGAGGAAAAUUUCGGAAACCCUAAAUUCAUAUAUGAGGAACUACUGCACGAUCUACAGAAGCUUAAAAGAGAAAGUAGAUCAAUAAUAAUCGAAAUGUCAGAUGCUUUAGAAAAUAUGGUGGCAAACAUGACGAUCAUAAAUCAAAGAGGUUACCUACUAGAUGCGAGGUUAAUAGAAGACCUAGUUAAGAGACUACCUUAUAACCUGCAAAUAGAAUGGACACGCCAUAGAACGACGACUGGUGAUGCCCCAUCUUUAGAAGAAAUGAGUAACUGGCUGAAACCUCACGCCAAAAUAAUGAGGAAUAUGGCUUCUCCUCUACCUUCUACAGUUAGAAGCCAGAUACAUGUCCAUCAAGAGAUGCCACGCAUGAAAUGUCCGGUUUGCUCGAAUAACCAUAAAAUCUUCGAUUGCACGGAAUUUAAGAACUCCAACAUCCAAAAAAGAUGUCGAUUGGCAGUACAAUGUAAAAUAUGUUUCGGAUGUCUAGGCACCGGACAUAUGGUUAAAGAUUGCAGACGAUCUAGGAGGUGCGGCUUGAGUGGAUGUAACAAGCACCACCACAGAAUGUUACACUCGAAUCCAGACAUGGAACCAACACCUCGUAAUACGUCCGCUACAGUUCCGCUUGAAGCCAACUGCAAUAUUCACAAGUCCUCAGCAAACGAGAUAUACUACCAGGUGAUUCCAGUAACACUUCAACACGGAAGGCAUUCAGUCGAUACAUAUGCCUUCCUAGACACAGGGUCUUCCCUGACAUUGCUAGAUGAGGAAAUGGCAAACUCCUUGGACCUAUACGGCAGAGAAGAACCACUACAAUUAAAAUGGACACAGGACGUGUCUCGAAACGAGCUGAACAGUAGAAAAGUACAAGUUCGCAUUCAGGGGUCGUCCAGAAGGUCGUACCGACUUGACGGUGUAAGAACCAUUAAAAACUUACAACUUCCGACUCAGACAAUGAACUACAAAGCAAUGGCUACAAAAUAUCCGCAUUUGGAAAACCUUCCGAUCGAAAGCUACGAGCUUGCAAGGCCAACAAUUCUCAUAGGGCUGAAUCAAAGCCAUUUGCUUACCGCCAUGGAAACAAGAAGGGGAAGUGACAAUGACCCAAUAGCAGUCCGAAGUAAGCUUGGAUGGUUUAUUUUCGGUAAUGUCAGAUCAAUUUAUCAAAACGAUCAUGAACUAUUGCAACACGAUAAAGAACUACGAGAUAUGAUGGCUGCGCACUUCUCAAUCGAUGAAUUUAGCAUCAGACAACCAAUAAGAGUCAACGACAACCCCUUGCCCUUAGAACCGGUCAACAAGUAUACCACCGCGAGUUCUAACAACGUAAUGCUGAUAACCUCGACCGAAGAUAAAUCAAAAAAAUCAACGCGAAAAAAAAGACGUAGAAAUAAGACUACAACAAAAGGCAUUUCUAAAUCUUGGUUCAACAUCUCACGUAUAUUGAAAAUAAUGAUGUUGUUCGUAAUGUCGUUCACGUUGAUCAACGCUAUAUCCAUAAAACCCGUUGACAAAGACGGUCUAAUGUUCGACCACGAAGGAACGUGCUUAUUACAUAGAGGCAUAUGGCAAACGAAUAUACAAACCAACGUAGUGCCCGAUGAAGACAUUGAAGUAAUUAACUCGGUACGGAAUAAUGUGACAGUAGCGAUGAAAGACAUGGAGUUUGUCAUCGAAGACUCUCUCCUAGAGCAAAUUGCAACAUCUGUUGAACGUUUAUGCGAUGAUGCGAUUGAUGAGAUCAAGCAGACAACGAGAACUAAACGAAGCAAAGGGUUCUUCGGUUUUUUGGCGGACUUAAUAUUUGGUAGCGACGAUAUGGAAAACGAGCUACAGGCAAUGAGGGUUCAUGAAGACGAAAAAAUUCACCAAAUAUCGGAGUCAAUGGUAAAAAUGAAUACCAAGGCGUCCAAAAUGGGAGAACAGCUUAACGAGAGAUACUAUAAAUUGUACAAAGACAUGACUCAAUUAAAACAAUUAUAUUCUGCGGAUAAGGUUCAAAGGUUACGAACAACGAUGUUAGAAACCACGAUAUUGGCACGAGAAGUUAUCGAUGGAACAUUGAAUAGAUAUAGGAAAGUUCGAACGUUUCCUUUGUCCGUCGACGAACUAGCCCAAACCAGAAAAAACAUUUCACAAGCGUUGCCAACUGGUUACAUUGUCCUGGAUCACCCAUCAGCCGUAAAAUACAACACGCGUGUAGUCAACGGCUCCCUCAUAAUUACCAUGACGAGUGUUGUCAUCAACAAAGUUGAGUUCGAGGUAUUUAAGAUAAUACCGAUCCCACGGGCUGAGAAUGGCUCAAUUAUUGUAACAGAACAUGAUCGCAUCGCGGUAGGCCACAACCAAGACUUCUUCUACCCAUCGAUCGAACCAACAAAACUGAAUGAUACGCAUUUAAUUACGGUUCAACCAGAACUGAGUAAGGAAGUGGAUUGCGUAGCGGCUGUCAUACUGCAUAUCGCAAGUACCCGCAAAUGUGCAACAAAACUGUUAACCACGCCUUACGCUAUGAUGGAGACACUGUCCACUCCUAAUACCGUUUUAUACUAUGCAUCCGAUACAAAGGCAAUAGUUAUACAUUGCGACAACGUGGUAAUGUCACCACCUUAUGAGGCAGCAGUAGUAACUCUCCAGCCAGAUUGCCGUAUACAAUCCAACAACAAAACGAUACAUGCAAGUUUAAAUGGCAUGAACAAGAAGAUUGCAACAUACUUCAAAUCUAAAUACCAGGUGGCCGAUCACCUAUUGGACGAAUUCAAUGACACCGUAAAAGAUGUGGUGGAGCCGAAGCCCGAUAAUCCCUACGAUAACAACGCUAUGAUAACCGUGUACAACAGUUUGGAUCCCUUCCAUCCGAAAUCGAAGUAUCUUUGGAGGAACGCCGCCCUUUUCGUAAGCAUACUAAUGAUUAUAAUCGGGAUCAUUUAUCUACGUUGCUGCAGACGAAGAUGCUGCACCAGAUCCAGAGCCACAGCAGGACCCGAUGUCCAUAUCCGAAUGGACAACCUAUUGAACCGGCAACAAUUAGAAGACACAGCGCUUUAAAACCAAGCAUUGGAGGGACGUUCAAUGAAGCAAGGCGGCAUGCCGAAGAAUUGAAGAGAAAAAGUGAUUUAAAACUCUGUUAGACCAUAAGUACACAAAAUGUAAAAUAGAAGAAAAUAAUUGAAUAUGAAAUAAUUGUAGUCAAAAUGAGGAAUCUGACAAUGAAUAAGAAAUAUAAGCAACAAAGGGUUGCAUAAACUGACGAGAAGAUAUGUCGUCUAAUGUAAUAGUAAAAAAAAAAAAAUAUAAUUUGUUCAGUGAAAGAAGCAAUUAGGCGCCGUUGUAUGGCUAUUAAAGUACAUAAAGUUGAAGACUCUUCUAUGGAUAGAAGAAGUAUUGAAUUUGAAAAUUGAAUACUCCUGCGAGAGUAAAAUGAAGUGUAACACAAAGCUAAAAUGAAUAGGAUUUGCAUUGUAAAUGAAUCUGAAGGCAAAGUGGCUAAUAAAUUGUAACGAAGCAAAGAAUGAAUUUAUAACACACCAUGUAUGAAGAAUAAACGGAAGUCAUCCGCUCAUAGCAAACGAAUUGCAUUGUAUAACUUCAGGUUAGGAAAUUGAAUGUAAGAAAACAUAAUAUUGAAAAGAGAAUAUAAGAUGAAACAAUUGCGAAUUAUACAGUAAUAAAAGAUACAGCAUCAGAAGCAUAGAAGAAAAAAUUAUUAGAAACAGAUGCGGCGUAGCUCAAUUGGUAAAUCUGCCUUACGCGAUUUACGAGGGCCGGUAUGUCGCCGCACGGAUCAUGCCUUUAGAGCGUGAUUCAUGGCGAGAACGAUAGAGCGGAUGCUUAGAUCGCGCUCUAUCCUAAAUACACAGAAUAGCUUGCGCAGUGGCUUUAUCGUAACUAAUGAGGUUUUUCCGAAGUGCGAUUAUUGCUAGCUGAAAACCUAAAUAUCAUAAAACUCCUCCGGCCAGCGAUAACCCGCCGGGAAGGAGAACAAAACAAAAAUAAGCAAAACGACGUAAUGUGUUUACGAUCAGAGCCUAUCUCCGAUCGUAAAUACCGAAGGACGGGAGAAAUCCCAAAAAGAGAGCACUAUGGGUGCUAUAAACGGAGCCUAUCUCCGAGCUAGGACAAUAAGUAAUAAAACGGAGAGGAAAAGAUAACACGCCUGCGAGCGUGUUAAUAAUCAUCCCUCGUUCGCCCGUCUGGCUUAGAAUAAAUAAUUGUAAUUUUCUCUCUCUUAUGCUACGCCCUUCUGGGGUAGAUAAGAAGGCAAUGUCUGUAUAUAAGAGAAAACUUGAACAGAAUAAACGCACUCUCAACUGGACACUCUCAACCAUACCACGGACGUAGGAGCGUCGUGGCGAAGUACCGAACCCCUCUUUUUUGUCAUAAACGUAUCACAACCCUGGACAUCGCCCGAGCAUCCUGGACACCAUCGGGAGCACCCUGGACAUCAUCGCCGGCAGAUCCCAGCGCAACAAGCGCUGGUAUGCGUUUCUGCUGACUACCCAAUUUGAUAAUUCCCGCCGAGCCUCACAUAACCUCUUUUACGAGUUACGGGUUAAAAUUGGAAACUCUCACUUAAAUCACGCUGGAAACUUUAAUACAGCAGAAAAGAAAGUCAUAAAGAAUCCAGCAACGAACGAGUAAUGCAAGAGAUCAAAGCGCAUCGUGAAUGAGUGAAAAACGCUUCGCUAAUUGGUGUCGGUGAUGGAGGUUCGGCAUGCAAGAUGCCUCUUCGUCAGCAAAAAAAAAAGAUCCUGCAAGGCUUGUACGAUACGACUUAAACUGAAACUGUUUGUACUUUGGCAUUUAUCGCGUAUUAUACAGAAGAAGAAAAAACGCGAACAAUUUAACCAAAAUUGUACAACCGUCGAAGGUUGUUAUAAUUAGAUGUGAAACUCGCAGGGCUGCAUCCAUCAUGAGACGUUUGGUUCAAGCAGUUUGGUGAAUCAUUUUCUUCAUGAAAGACAAUUAUAUAUGUACUACAUUUAUGAGUGAAGUGAGCAUUAUAAGUCCAUCGGAAACAGUUCAGAAACAGACUAAAAGCGAAUUUUCCUUACCUUCUUCCGGGGUUGGAACUCUUUUUAUCGAGAUCAGUUUGGUUAUAGAGGUUGAAUCUGCAAAAUCCGAACAAAUGAAAAAUAUUGCCAUGUAUUUAUUUUAUGAGUUGAAGUUUUCCAAAACUGAUCGGAAUUGCGUUAAGCGUGUAUAGAAUCGCAGGGCAUUUGCUGUCAGAAUAAGUUCAUUUGUUUAAAUUCUGGCGAGUCACAAAUCGAUCCUGCACACUCGCAGUGAAAAUCCAGUUCCCUGCUACCGCCUAUCUUUCCCAAUGUGCUCGAGUGGUGCCAACAUCUCAGGGUUCAAAACAUUCAUAGUGCCUGUACUUGAUUUGCAGAGCUGUCAGAAGACCCAUUCCAUGAGGUUAUGCACCAGAGAACCAAAUUUCGAAUCUAGUUUUUGGAGAAAAUUGAAAACUUUAUUCUUCUUCUUCUUUGUUUUUAAGAGGCUUUAAACUUUGCAGUUCAUUCGCCUCUUAACUUUAUUUGAAUAAGCACUAGCUAUAUCAUAAAUUGGAUUCCCUGGUGUUUCCUGAUCCAUCUGUCGGACGCUUUCGUAUUUCCCAAGACGACUCGCAACAUUUUUUGACGAAUCCACGCUUGCUCCUAAAGGGUGUGUCACAUCAAAUUGCAUCACGGAAAAAACGCUGUAGAAAUUUAAUUUUUAGGACUUAUAUCUUCAGCUUUCGCUUAUAAUCAGAUAAGAGUGUAUAGAUCACGUUGGCCAUGCUUCACUGUCAAUUUUUCGUAAAUUUGGAAAAAUGUCGUCGAACGAAAAAGAGCGUCGUGAUUUAAUCCUGUGCACUCAUUUCGAGAAUCCGGAGUUGUCACAUCGGGACAUCGGUAAGAUGCUGGGAAUCGUCCAAUCCACGGUCAGCAGAGUACUAAAACGAUACUUCGAGAACCUAAC